AAGGCGUUUUAGCAGUCAGCUGCAAGUUUACAAAAUUAUGGAAAAUCUUAAAACUAAAGAAGAAUUAAUUGAAUUAAUUGAUGAAAAGAUAACAUUGGCUAAAUCCUUGGUUGAUAAACUUGAAAAUGAUUUCAUUGAAAUUGAUGGUGGUUUGAAAACAAAGCGAAAUAUCGACAAAGAAAUGAAAUUUUUGCAAAAGCUUAAAGCUGGAUGUCUCAAAAACUGUGAUGAACUCGAUGUUACCCGAAAGCUCCAAUGUACCAAUCUCAAUUUCUUUAGCCAUUUAGUCAACUCACUUUAUAAUUAUGAUGACAUCAGUUCAAUUUCCACUAUGAGAAAACACAAUGAUGAACGCUCAAUCAGAAUCGAUUUCAUUUGCAACGAUAAUCUGACCUGGGUAAAAAUAAUUGCUCGAAAUUCUGAGUCAAUUAAAGAUGAAGUUCUUGGUCGAUGUGAAUAUGGGUCGAAAGACAUUUUGGCUGUUGCUGAUGAAUUUCUUGAUGUAGCUUCAUCAGAAAUGGCUUUUUUCCGAGCUCCUAAAGUCGUCUUUGAUUUCUUGAAUCCAAUUGAUGACAAAUUAGAAAUAGCAUUGGAACAAAAAGGAAUCAUUCUCGGCCGAAAGUUUAAAGAAUUUGAUAAUGUGUGUAAAGAAGAAAUUAAAAAGUUGAAUGUCGAUAUUACAACAAUGUUGGCUUAUGUCUCAGAAUUAUCUAAUGGUGGUUCUUACUUCAGUUUCAAUGAAAAACUUAUAAAUGAACAAGCAGUAAUGGAACGAAAAGCUCCAAUAAAGCCCAUUUUAGAUAACGUUUUUGAAGGAAAAGAACUUAUUUGUUGUGAAACAGCUGUGAAGUCAUUUGAUGAAAUUGUGAAACUUCUCGCUGGUCCGAAAGAAAAGAAACGUGCUGAAGAAUUUAAAAAUCGAUUGAAAAUUCUCCCAGAUGUUGAACAUCCUGAAAGUAUCAUAAAUUUAGAAUUGUCAGCUCAAAUCAAAGAUCGUAGUCGUAGAAUUUUCGCCUUUGGUAUUUAUCAUCAUGCAAUCACAGUAUCUUCCAAUGUUGGGUUCAAAAGAGCUUCAAAAAUGCGAAACUUUGAUAUUCCAAUGAUAACUCAUUCAGCAAGAGCUCUCACUGAGAAGAAACAAAUUGAAUUAUAG